UUUGGUUGUUAUUCAUCGAGAGGCUGGUGGUGGAUGAACUGUGACGGUCCGAGGGAGGGGAGUCGGUUGAGGAGGCGCCACGGGGCUGCUGGAGUGCUUGUUCCGGUUCUUCCAGGUGAACGAUUUAAACCGCGAGCUCAUCAGGUCCAUAUGUGACCACGAUGGAGGUCAACGGGGGGGAAAGAGAAACAAAGGACGGAGAAAAAGGGGAGGGCGGAGACAGAGUAAGCGAGGGGAACGAUCCAAGAGGGAGAGAGAGGGGGAAAAGAAGGGGGAAAAGGAAAAAGAAAGGAAAGCAAACACCGAAGGGGAAAGAGAAACGAAAGCGAAAGGCAGGCAGAAAGAAAGAGGCAGUGCCCGGGAUCGCUCUGGCGACGACUCCGUAGUUGCGCCCGAUGGGAGAUGGGGCGGGGAAGUGGAAAAACACGGAAGGAAUCAA